CCGACUUUCUUUUCUCUUCGAUUCUGUAUAUUCUCCUUAUCGCCGGUCGAUACAUUUCAUACAUAAUGGGUCGCUUGAUCAAGAACCACUGGGCACGUCUAAUCAUCCUGUCCGCCGCCUUUUGGCAAAUCGGCGCUUCAAUAGAAGGCUUCUUCUGGCCCAAAAUAUUCUGGGACUUCAUCACCCACAGCCUCGAUGGCGCCGUCAAACCCGCUCCGAUCCUGCAAAUAAUCAAUCUGAUCAUGGGCUUAGCGGCGUUUGCAUGGGAGUGGCCCCUGGGUCUACUGGCGGGAACCCUCCCUCAUCGGAGUAUUGAAGUGCGACUUUUGGUCUAUCCGUUGAGCGCCUUGACGUGUGCGCUCAUGUAUCAAUCGGGCGAUGCUGCGAUUUAUUAUUUGAUUGGGAUGGGGGCUUAUUUUUGGGCUUAUAGUGAAGGAGAGGUGGUCUGUCCGGUACCGUGGACUCUACCCAAACGAUCAACCGUCGGAAAGGUGUAGCCCUUUUUAUGUGUAGAAAUGCGGAUUGCAUUGAGUUUAUUAGCGAAAUGGCGUUGCGAUUUAAAUCCUCAGGGGGAAAGACUAGCAUAGGAAUACGACGUUUGGAUACUCCGAAAUGAUUAAAAUACUUGAUUGCUUGCAUGAAAAAAAAUAUAAAGACCUUGGUUUUAGGGAAUAUUCGCAUCUGGUACCUACAUUCUCAAGCUGUUUAUCUGGUGUCGUCUAUCCGUACUUUUUUCGGUUAACAAGUUUAGAUAUCUUCGCCAGUGAAAUUCU